AUUUCCCCUUCGCAAUACGCCGGUUCGUUUUCAAGACAUAUGGCAUGAUUGUAUGUGGAUAGAAGUUGUGUUUGGACUUACAGUGUUAUUCGCGUGAUCAUUGAGUGACAUACACGAUAACAAGAAAAGGUAACAUCAAUCCCAUUAAGAAGUUGCUAAUCAUACAAUUAUGUUUUUGGUUAUUUUUUAACAAUUUGUAGUAGUUGACGUUUCACUACGGCUUUUGUCAUGUUUUAAGCGAAGGUAAUCGCGCUUAAAUUGCCCAGUAUCCUGUACAUUUCCAUCUUAAAUACUAGCCAUUCAAUUUGUUGUAUUCAAUACGUGAAAAUGAGAUUGAUCAAGUGAUACGCCGCAGUUUGCGAGCAGUUUGAAGAGACGGAUGAACGAUCAUAGCAAAUCAAAACCACUUUAUAUGCAUGACAACUCCCCAAUCAUACCCACGUCAGUCUCGACUCAGUACUGGUCUUGUUCUCGUAAUUUGUUACAUUUUACAGUAAGAUUUUUUAUUUAAAGUAUUCGAGAUCUAAAGAUAGUGAAAUCGUCAAAGCUGAAAGAAAAUUGGUUUGAACUAUCGAGAGGUUCGAAAAAUUAAUGUUAAAAUAAAAUGUUUUACGAGGGAAGGUGGAAAUUCGAAGGAUCGGGUCGCGAAACUGGAGACCUAGAAUGGAGAAUAAUAGAUGAAAGUAGCCUAUAAUGUACUGUAACUGUCGAUGGUACCCUUGUACUUGAAGGCCUUCACAUAGACCUUAACUUAUCACGGAUUUGGAAGCCAUCUUCAGUCUUGACAGGAAGGCAAGUUCCGCGUUAGAAAUUGCACUGUUUGGGUAUGAGAACCUUAUGUCGAAUAAUUUUUGUAAAACGGCUGUUCUGAAAAUGAUAUGAAUUGUGAACUAAAUAAAGCUACACACCGAAGAAUUCUACUGGCAUUCUACCACUUUUCAAAGUUUUUUUUGUCUGUAAACAUUUUUGUUCCUGCAAACUAAAAUUAUGCGGAAAAGAUCAGGCGUAUUUUAUAGAACCAAUCGCUUCAGUAAAUUUACACUUUCAGUUAUUUUUCAUUGAAUUUCAAAAGUUAAGGAAGAUUUUGGAUACAUAAUUCAAAGCAAAAGCGCCCCAAUUGUGACGUUUUAGGCUAGAUUCUUAAUCCGUACAUUUGUGACGCCUCUAAUUUUUCCUUUUUGUAUCCGUUGUCAUGUUAAUAUAUUAAACACAACAUACCACUCCCGAUUUUAGCCUUUACAUCAUAGAAUAAACAUUAUGUUGAAAACUCGCUGAAAACCUGUAUAUGACGCAUUGAAAUGUCGAUCUGUUACUUGAUUGUGUCUGUUAAAAUCUCUCAACUUUGUCACAAUGACCUGAUCUCUGCGCCUGCGCAGUGUAACCAAUUAUCUUAAAAGAUUAUUUUCGUUCUCAGAGCUGCGCGGUUAAUUGGUAACAAAAGAUCACGUUAACAGAUAAAUAAACAAAUAAAUAAAUAGAUAAAAAUAAAGAGAAGCCUCGGCAACGAGAUAAAAAUAAUUGUGCAGAUCGAGGGCUCUCACACGCUGGCGGCCACGCACUCGCUCCCUUCCAUGGAGCGUCUGAGAAUCAGGCGUAGGCUGGGAUAACCUCAGAUUAGGCCCAAUUUUAGCAGUUCUGAUACAAUCUCUCUAACGUAGUCGCGCUAAAAUUGGGCCAGAUACAAAGUCUCAUAAGCUUAUGAUGCUGCGGCCAGAUUUUGACCGCAACGCUGAUUGGCUGUUAGAACAAUGCCAGAGGAUCUGAUUGGCUGUUGGAAUCACCGGAAGUUGAAAGCGCUUAUUCCUCGCAUGGUUGUAGCACUAAAAAAUCUUCGCGAAUGAUCCGCCGUCAGCGGAGAGAAGGAUUUUGCUGUCUUUUCAAUUGUUUUACGGUCUUGCGGUAGGAAAAUAUGCCUUAAUAUGUGCCGUAGAAAUUCAGAAAAUUCAGAUGGUUGUCCAUAUCAUAUCAGGAUUUGCUUAAUUUAUGGAACUAAUGAAUGUGAGUGUAUCGCGGAGUCGAUUCCCUCUGCAAAUUGUUCACCUCAGACAAGGAGCCUUUUGAUUUACCAACAAACGAGUGGAAGUCGAAAUACUGUUCAUGUUUAAAUUGGUUUCAUUUGAAAGUUUAGCCGGAAAUGACUUCUCUGAACGGGGCACGCAAGCGGAGGCUCACUACAUGCGAAAGAAACCUCAAUCGCCUGCUGUGAAGUAUUAGACUUAAAAUAUAUCGCAUCGCUGUUCAAAGACGUUUGGUAGGAAUUACUAUAAAAGCUACUGCUGCUAGUGUUAACAUAACAGACUUGUUGUUUGGUUUCGCUUUUUGUAAAAAAUAAAUAGGAAAACUGUUGUCCUAGCUCGUUGGCUCUUUGCUGUUUGUUAGUUUCGAUUAUUAAAUUUAGCGAGCUUUUCAGUACGGUGGCUCGUAGCUAGGGACAAAACGCAUCUUAGAAUCCAAAACAAUAACCCAACAGAACUACAAAUUAAAGUGUUUGUAAUAUUGUUUUUCAUUUUGAUAAUAGGUCAGUUGAGCAUGCAGUGUUAGUAGUGUCGUUUCGUCUAUCCAAAGUGGCAGAUAAUAUUUUCCUGGAUUUAAAAAAAAUUAUUUUCUCUUCGGAGACGGUGUUUCUAGUAAAUUCGCCAAUUGAAAGUGUACUCACGGGACUAAAUUAAAUCCACUUGAGAACUCGUUUGCUUUGUUCCGAGAUAAUUUAUAUAUCCUUUGAAAAAGUUCGCGAAAUAUUUCUCCAAGAUUUUUAAUAAUUUAUGUACUGAAAAAGCGGGGAAAAUUGCCGAGGAAAUAAGGCUUUAAAGGCAACAGAACAGCCAAAAUAUUAAAACGAGAACAUCGUGUCGCCGUCUUUUCGAAACCUUUUUAUCUUCUACGCCAACAGAAAUAACCUUCCAAGAUUUCCUUUAUCUCACAAGAAGUUAAAUGUGACUGCGCUGUUUUAUUUUUAGUUGAAAAAAGAUAAACGUUUCGCGAAUCUGCAUUUUCCCGCGAAUGAAAACUUUGCAUUUUAAAAGAGCAUGCAACGGAAGGAAUUUUGGUUGGCUGAUUCCGCAGGAAUCUCAGGAUAGCGUAGGGAAUAAUGUUGUGACUCUUCAAUAGGUCUGUCUACAACAUAUAUAUGCGUCAUAUACCUACAGGAGGGCAUGAUACAAUCCUUUCACAGAUCACAUGCAAAAAAGCUAGAAUCUGGACUCUUUUUCUGAUUGGAUAGGAAACAAUACGGAUGAUUUGCGCUGUUCCGAUCGGCCAAAAUGUCACCUGUUGAUUUCAGUCUGCUUUUUUGCUUGUGUAUUAAAUGAGCAGUGAAUACACCCGCGAGUUCGUUAUGAAAUUUCUGCCGGCUUAGUUUUCUUGAAUUUGCAGAAUAUCUAAAUAGAAAUUUCAUCGAUUGAAAUAUUUUCCAUCUCAUCGUAAACUAAAAAAUUCACCGAUCAUUUGAAUGCAAUUUGAUACCGGCGGGGCUACAAGUUACAGAAGCGACAAACGUGUUCAUAUUUGUAGUUGUUAAAUCAUACGGCAGCUUCCGCUAGCAGUAUUUCAUCACUAAAAAAAGCACAUUUCAAUUUUUUUUAGGAAGCGGCUUCUGAACAUGGACGUACUUAAUGAUUUUCUUUUCCCUAAAAUUGAUGUCCAAAGGGACAUUAUUCGCGCCAAAAUUUGAUUCCCGUCUGGUAAACGCUGAUUGGCUAAUAACAUGACAGGUCAAGCAGACGUUAGAUUCCCUCGCGAGCCAAAGAAGCAAAGAAGCAAAAAAAAAAUAAUAACGCCAGAUCUCAGGUUACAGUCUCACACUCAGUUUUUACUCUCGGCAGAACUUUUUGAUUGUGCGUUUUUGACCUAAGCAAAAAUGCACUUUUUUUUGUUCUCAUUAUUUUUAGAAUCAUGACAGGAGUAGAGUUGCAGCCCAGGAUAACACAAUCUCAGCGAGCUAACAUGUUCGGAGGAUUCUUUCCACAUUCUAACGCCUCGGGUCUACCUAGCCUGCCGAGGAUGACUAUUCCUUGUUACCCUUUUGCUGGUCCUUAUGUGGCGAUUCAAAACCGUCUGGAGAUUGUGAAGGUUCCACAUGAGGAAAUCUGGAGCAGUGUCAUGUCUCCAACUGCAGAUGGCUUUGAUAUUGUAAGUUGAAGAGUGAUAAAAAGCAAAUUUCAAUGAAGAAGUUUUUGUUUAUGUCAGUUUCAUUUCAGUUGUUGUCGAUGCUGAUGACCUUUUUAUUUGUUUAUAAGUAAAAUGAAGGAAAUCAGAAAUUAGGAUAGAAGAGAUCCAAAUGGAUUUUUGGGAGAUUUGGGUAGCUGCAGGUUCUGUGAAAUCAAGAUUUUUCUGCAGUUGGACACUGCAGGGGGGAAUGUAAAAAUCCCGACUCCACCUUCAACGUCCCACUUGUUCCACGAUGUUGUUUUAUUGAAUUUGCUUGUCAGUCCGAGGGUUUUUUAAAAGUAGGUCGAUACGACUAAUUGCCUCCUCUUUAUUAUCUCCUUGCCAGAACAAUGGAACUUAUGUCCUGAAACUCCACAUUUCACCAAGUGCAUUUAUCCUCACUAAAGCUGAUGAUUACAAUUCUCGUGAUCUACAAGGUUCUACAGGAGUUGUCACCCUUCUACUUCCUUCUACAAGACCUCAGAUUUUUACGCACACCGUGCAGCUUUAUUCGGUUGAAGGAGCUCAACACUCCUUUGUGUCUUGCCUGGAGCGAAAGAUCCACGUUCCUGGACCUUGCCUGGAAGAGUACCAGGAAGGCCCUGCAAUUGAACAUCCCAUUAGGAAGAUCAGGCCUCGGGGUCAGUUAUUAUGAAAAAAGCAUGUUUAAGGCAACGAGGUUUUCAGGUUGUGAACUAGGAUAGAUAUAAUGAUGAAGUUUCAGACAAUGAGAUAAUUUAUGAAUAGCAGGGUAUACUUCUUGAAACCUGGGGCCCGUUUCUCGAAAGUAUUUGAGCUCGAUAAGGUGACCUAUGUUUGCCGUGUUUGCAAGCUCAAAGUUUAAUAAUUUUGAAAGUGAUACAAUCUAUACAACCAUCAGUUAAGGAAGCGGGUUUGUGAGAGCUGGGAACUAUACUAGUAUUUAAUAGGUUUUGAUUUUAAAGAAGUUUUGCCUACUGGCCCGAAGAGUUACCGGGUCGUUCGACAAACAGGCCCCUGACCGCCAAUCAUUCACAUUUUUAAUAAUUAAUAUGCUAGUAUUUAACAGGUUUUGAUUUUAAGAUUUGCCUUCGGGCCCGAAAAUUAAAGUUGCCGGGUCUUUCAAGAAACAGGCCCUGGACCGCCAAUCAUUCACACUUUUAAUUUCCGUGUUCACGAAAAAAUCAGAAAGCGGGAUAUGCAGCAUUACAGUCACUCAGAUAACACUUCAAAGACCUUGAGUUUUCCUUUCAGUCUUUUUUUAAGUAGAUGUGGCCUCUUCAGCAACUACUAUUUUUAGUUGUAUGAUAUUUCAAAUGGUUCAUGUUGUCAGGUGUGUGGGCCAGUAACGCGGGAAUGGCAAUUGUCAAGCGUUUUCAGCGCCUGGCGGAUGAUGGUGAGUAACACUCAUACAUUUUUCUGUUCAAGCAAAACUGAAGCACCUCAACCUCGUUUCUAGGUUCCUGGGAACGAGUUUGAAAACACCUGCUUUGAAAGUGCUUUAUACGAUUGAAUUUUAUUUUUCUAAGGAAUGCGGGAAAUCUUCAUGGAGAACUUAGAAAGGCCUGAAAAGUUCGCAGACAAAAAUCCGAAGUACACAGAUUUGAUUCCACUGGUGUUUUAUGAGGUUUGUCAUUUUAUAAUCGGGUCUGUUUGAACAGCCAUUUCUAACCUACUUUCAUGUGGGCUGUUUUGUUUGAAAAUCCCGCAAUGUUCGGCUGACAUCAUUGUAAAUUAAGCCCAAGUGAAGUAAAAGUUGGCCGCAAUUUUAAAUGCCAUCAUUGGUACUCAAGAGUGGCAUGUCCCAUAAUAUUUUUAUUACACAGAAGAGCUAAUCACAUAAUAGUGGAAUCGUUCCAAUUUAUUUCACACAUCUAAAGCACAGCGUUCAAGUAUGUUGCAGCCACACACCCUUGAUCACCCCUCGCACCACUGCAGGAGUGCAUGUGAUUCUGCUUAUCAUCAGAUGCCGCAGUAAGUCUGCCAGUAACGUCUUCAAUUCUCUGGAGCACCUUUUACGGAGUUAUUAUAACGCUAUUUCAUUUCUUCUUUCUAGCUGGCCCUACUGGACUUACACGAAAACUGCAUCGAAGCGGCAAAGACGCACGCAAAGAACGCUUUGUUGAUAUCGCGGACAUAUCAUUCGACUAAUCACUGUUAUUUGCUAACUAAACUGAAGUACGUGGAAUCAGCGCUUGCCCGUAGGGAAGGACAAUAUGCAAAGGCUAAGGAAUUACUCGAUGAUUCCGUAGAGGUGAGAAUGAAACUCAACAACAACGACUUUAUUGCGAGGCUUUAAAUUCUAAAAUUAAAAAGUAUAACACGUUAUAACACCAAAAAUGUUCAGUAAAGAGUUUGUAGUAGUUAGCUAGAAGGUUGAAGUAAAAAGUAUAUAAAAUUUCAUGCUGUUACAGAUCGUGCCUCAAUAACCCCCGGGGCUUAUAUUUUUCAAAGGCCCAGUUUGAGGGGCUUAUCUACGGAGGGAAAUUUGCGUUUCAAAAUCGAUUGGGCUAGCCUUAUAGUUGGAAGUAAAUUUACUGUUUUUGCUUUGUUUUACUUUGUAUUUGAGGGCAAUUUUCCAGGUACAAGCCCCCGGGGGGCUUAUAUUUGGAGGGACGAUUUAACGGAGGGUUUUUUGCGUUACCGAUUUGGGAGGCCUAUAGUUGGAGGGGAUUUUACAUGGAGGGGCUGAUUUUCGGAAUUUUACGGUAGUUUUCCAGAGGCCAUACAGAUAUUUUUCAAUCGCUUUAAAAGUGAUUUCAUCCUGGUCUGAUCGCUAUGAAAUUUUCACCAAUGAUUGAUUAUAGACUGAAAUUUGUCAAAAUGUAGGUUUUAGUAGAAUCGAUAUUACUAUGACAAAAAUAAACAAAAAACGUUGAAAUUGAUAAACGCCUAAUAUUGUGUAAUCUAGGCCAGCUACUGAAAAUCCAACAGUAGGAACUUAAAGUUUGGUGUUUAGCAAAGAAUCUCCGAUCCGUAUGAAGUAAAAAAUGCUGUAUGUUUGAAUUCGACUAAAACGAAAAUAUAUUUCAAACUUUGAAUUUUCAAUAGCCGUGAUAGAUUAUUUAAUAAAAACUUUAUAAAUGACUCAAAUUAUUCUUAAGUAGCAUCAGAUGCUGCUUAAUAUCAUAUUUCGAUGCAUGCUAGGAAAUUUUGGUGUAUUUUCGUUCUUGUGAUCUUAAAAACAAACCCAUUUUCUCACCACCUGUCUUACUUCAUUCAGAAUUUGGACUUUUAGCGCUUUUUUUAUAUCUCUGAAACGACUCGAAUGAUUUUUUUUUUAAUCUCUUCACAUUAUCUUCAUAAUUGUAUAUAAUAAUGUAACACCUUGAAAUUUUCAAGACAAACCUAUCUUACGAACCGGUCAUAAAAUCCGCGCUACAACAUUCACUGUUUUGAAGUCGUGCUAAUUUUUCCAAAUUAGUGGGGACAAUACAUAUAUCCAUGACUAGUACAUUUCAGUGUAAGAAUUGUCAAUGUUGUUCAUUCAAAAGAUGCGAUAAAUUCAAACUAAAAUGUACUAGUCAUGGAGAUAUGUAUAGUGCGCAUUAUUCAGUUGGAAAAAUUCGUAUAACGUCUAAACAGGGAAUGUUGUAAUGCAGAUUUUUGACAGGUUCGUAGGAUAGGUUUGUCUUGAAAUUUUAAGAUUUUGCAGUGAAUCAAUCUCCGUGAAUGUUUCAGCUUUAUUAUAUACAUUAUGAAGACUAUGUGAAGAGUUUUAAAAAAUUUGAUCGAGUCGUUUCAGAGAUACACAAAAAUGCGCUAAAAGUCCAAAUUUUGAAUAAGUUGCACUUACACAGGUGGUGAGAAAACGGGUUAGUUUUCAAGAUCGCAAGAACGAAAAUACACCAAAAUUUCCUAGCAUCAAAAUAUGAUAUUAAGCAACAUUCAGAAGCUGCUUAAGAAUAAUUUGAGUCAUUCAUAACGUUUUAAUUAAAUAAUCUAUCACGGCUAUUGAAAUAUAUUUUCGUUUUAUUCUAAUUCAAACACACAGUUUUUUUUUACUUCUUACGGAGAUUCUUUGCUAAACACCAAACUUUAAGUUCCUAGUGUUGGAUUUUCUGUAGCUGGUCUAGAUUACACAAAAUUCGGCUUUUAUCAAUUUCAAAGUUUUUUGUUUAUUGUUGUCAUAGUAAUAUCGAUUUUACUUAAGACGACAUUUUCAAAAAUUUCAAUCCUAAGCCAAUUACUGGUGAAAAUUUUAUAGCGAUCAGACAAGGAAAAAAAGCACUUCUAAGGAGAUUGAAAAAUAUCGGUAUGACCUCUGAAAAACUGUAUCGAAACACCUUAAAUAGGGAUAUAAACCCCAACCUUCGUUACUUUUAAUUUUUAUCUUUGUAUUUUUAAGAAAGGCUUUAAAUUUUAGAAGACCUCAAUCCAAAAUUGUCAUUAAAACCGCGGCCAUAACAUGUUUUGGUAAACUUAUAGUCUCCCUUGGGCCAGUCACUUGUAUUAAUAUCCGUAAUGACAUGAUUGAUUUUUUCUGUACUUUACCUGUUAGCUUCUACUACCAUGUGCUGCAGGUGAAGAAACAGCAGAAAACAGAUAUUUCAUUGCCUCAUUUUAUGUAGAGAAGUCUGCUAGAGCUGGAAUCACUGAAAGCGAGGAAGCCAUUACUGAAAACUGCUUCCAAGAUAUCGAACGCCAUUUGGACGCUGAAAUCCGUCCCAUAACCAAUCGUUUUCAAAUCAGAGCUAAAAACAGACGGCUCGCUUUCUAUGUCAAGUCCUCGAGACACGUGAAAAAUCUUGAUUUCCAGCAAUCAGUGCCUGAGGAACAUAUGGCCAAAGCAUCUCAUUUGAUUAGGGAAAUUGAAGACAGACUUUUGCCAUGUUAUCUAAAGAAAGCACUUCUAAGCUUCGACAUCGUCAAGACUGAUUUCUUCAUAAGGACUGGGAACUUUGUUAGAGGUACUUAAUCUAAAGAGUCACAAACAAAAAGUCGAGUGACAUUUUUGCAAAAUACACAUUCAACUGAUAUAUAACGCACCGAAUAUAUAGUUUCUGAGCGCCCUCCAGAUGCCAGUUGAAAAGAAAAAAAAGCAAUUGCAACUACUAAUAGUUUUAAAACAGCUACGUAGACUACACCAAAAUGGAAAGAAGUUCAAAAAAGCUCAGAAAAAAUCUCGAAAAACGACAUUAACCCCUCUAUUUGAGGUAUUAUAAUAUUAUGUAAUCAAACUUAUCACUUUCGAUCGUUCCAUUCAACAGGAAUUGCACCAUCAAGGGAGGCCCUCAGUAUUGCCCAAGAAAAACAAUGGAGAGAAUACGAAGACGUUGCUAAACAAAGAUUGAAGCUAUGUUGCCGGGUUAGGAAAGCAGCGCAGGGAAAUUCUGUGUAG